CUAGGCAGACAGUGUAGGCUAGGCAGUUUGGAAGCAUUUCGUUGUGGAGUAUCUUUAUUACUAUUUGAUUGUUUUGAUCAGUUACAUUUAUUUGUUUGGAAGUAGUGUGUUUGGAAAACAAAUAUAUUUUUGAAGUAUUGGCGGAAAAGGAUUGUAAAGAAGCAAGAUUAGAGGAUUUCUGAAUCUAGGUAAAAUGUAGCAGACUCUUAUACAGACUAAAAUUAUAAAAUUGAAAAUUGUCAUAAUAAAAUGGACAUUUCCAGUUCAUCUGUUGAUCAUGAGGCAGUAGAAAAAGUUGAUAGUAAUGAUAAACAACAGUCUCCAGAGCAAAAUAAUGAUAUUGAAAAUAAUCCAAAAAACAUAGAAUUAUCUCUUGAAAAACCUAAAAUUGAUUUUGUGUCUACAGUUCAAGAUGAAGAUGUUGUUCUUGGAGUUGAUGAACCUGGAAAAGAUUUUGAUGGAAAUAUUGAUGAAGAUGAACUUUUAAAAGAUACAGAUUUAGACGAAUGUCGAAAAGAUGAUACUAAUGCUCAAAACAUAAAACGUUCAGAAACAUCAAAUCAAUUGAAUGUGGAUAAUACAGAAGAAAAUAAUAUAGUUUCUAACAAAAACAUCAGUUCUCAGGAAUUUGAUCUGUCAUCUGAAUCCUCUAAAAAUAACCAAAUGAAACUAGUCUCCAAUGAGAAAGAAAGUACUGACUUGAAAACCAUUAGCUCUGAGAAUGCCCAAGAUAUAUCUGAUUCCAAUAAUAAAUUACUUGAAGUUAACAAGAAAAGUGAGGAAAAUUUAGCUAUAAAUAGUGUCCAGGUGAAUGAUACUGCAGAACAUAUAAGGUCUAGCGGGGCUGCUGAAGAUGAAAUUAAUAAUUCAGAUUGUAGCAAGUCCUGUGAUGGUAACUCAGUUCUAAAGAAUAAUGAAAACAAAUCAACUACAGAAUGUAGUACUGAAGAUUUAGGUCUUAACAUUGAUGAUUCUAUGGAAGCAACAAGAAUGACUGAAAAUAAUCAAAAUAAUUGUUCAAAUAGAACUGAUUCGCCAAUAAAUAACAGGAUAUCAGAUGAUAAAGAAAAUGACAACUGUAGAAAUAAAGAUAUGUCAGUUAAUAAAGAUUCUGUCACUAAUGAUAGAAAUGAAAACAAUGAAGAUAAUGGAACUAAGUUUUUGCAUGUUGAUCAGGAUAGUUCUCGUCCUGAUGAUACUUUUGAUAUGAUGGAAACUGGAGGUGAAGAUCCAUUUGCUCAAACAGUGGAUGAAGCAAUGGAAACUAAUGAAAGUGAUGAAAAGAAUGAAUAUAUCAACAAAACAGAGAAGUGUCAUACAGACAGUGAAGUAAUGGAUGUAGAGGACAUUUCAUCGACUCCUACAAUUGAAGAUACAACAUUAACAGAAAGUGAUGUUCAUAACUCAAAGUCAUCUGAUAUAAUUGAAAGUACACAAAGUAUUAAGCAAAAUGAAAUUUCCUCAGAAACUAAUGAUACAGUGGCAACAAAUAAAGUUGUUUCUCAAAUAGCUCAGAGAGAUGGAGUUACAAAUGACAGUGAAGAACGCGUAGAGACUGAAGGUACUUCUAAUAAAAAAGAAAAUACCCAGAUAAACAAGACUCAGGAUGGUGAAGUUUGCAUAGUGCCUGAUAAAGUUUCCAAAGAAAAUAACACUUCUAGUGAAGUGAAAGAUAUGUCUAAAACAGCCAAUGUCACACCAUCAAAAUUUGCAAGUAAUAAAUCAAGUAAAUCAAAACACAAAUCAAAAAAAGUGUCUUCAGAUGAAUCAAGUGAUAGUGAAUUGGAAAUAGGAGACACAAAAUCUGUUUCAAGACCAAAACGAAGUGCAGCCAAAAAAGCUGAGUCUCAAAUAAAGGUUUUAUCAGCAGUAGAACUGGAAGUGGAUCAAGAUGAGGCCAACAGCAAUGACAACGAGCCAGCUGAGUCUGCUGCCAGCAAUGGCUUUGAAAGCAAUGAUGUCCAAGAAAUUACAAGUAAAGGUACAGACACUGAACUGAAGUCUUGCUUCACUUGUAAAAAGAUUGGGCAAUGUAAAAUAAAUGUUCUUACUUUUGGUAAAAUCAAUUCAUUCUGUGAUAAUGAAUGCUUAACCAUAUUUCAAGAAGGACCUUGUGGGAAAAUUGUAGAAGGUUCAGAACUAGCAGCACCAACUACAGUUAUAAGGGAAGUUAGACCUGAGGCUCAGCUGAUUGACAGAACAGAGUUUGUUCGCAAGUGUUCCCAGUGUUCCUCAAUUGUUAAUGGUGAAGAUGAGAAAACUCUGUCAUGGGAAACAAUGGAUUUUUGCUCUGAGGAAUGUCUAGGGAAGUUUCAACAAGAGCUAGGUUCCCAUUGUGCCAACUGCAAGGGAAACGUCCAGCCAGCUAGUCUUGGAAAGUAUUGUGUUCGAUUUGGAUACGAAGUAAAACAGUUCUGCUGUUCCUCUUGCCUGGAAGAGUUCAAAAAAGGUUUGAAAGUUUGUAGUUUUUGUCAGAAGGACAUAUCUAGUGGUGCAGAAGGCUUUUUGGCUCCUGUUGGUGACAAAGGUACUUUUAAGGACUUCUGUACUCAGGCUUGCAUGGAGAAGUAUGAGCAGAUGAGCAGCAACCAGCCUCCACCUCCACAGGUCUACCCUUGUCAUGUUUGUGCAAACAACAAACUUGUUGAGGUGGAAGUGUUUUUCGAUUCUAAAGUGAAUAAACUAUGCAGUGAUAUUUGUUUUUCUGCAUACAAAUUUGCAAAUAAAUUAAAAGUUGAUAGAUGUGACAUGUGUAAAAAAUAUUUUGACAAGGAUGCUGCUGGAGAGAAAUUUAACAUUUUCUACGAUGGAGUUCCUCACAACUUUUGUUGUAAAACCUGUAUGAAUGUGUAUAUAUUAGCAAAGCGAAAAAUAGUUCCCUGCAAUUGGUGUAAGGUCAAAAAGUACAAUUUUGACAUGAUUAAACGGGUACAGAGUACUGGCCAAGUUUUGAUGAUGUGUUCCCUUAACUGCUUAACUCUUUAUCAAGUGUCAGUUAAUGCUGUAUCAUCAAGAAGGAUAAAAUGCGACAUGUGUAUGUCAGUAGCACAGGCUCAGUAUCACCUGACAAUGAGUGAUGCAACCAUAAGAAACUUCUGCACAUAUCCUUGUGUGAUGAACUUCCAACAGCAGUACAGCAAGUCACCUAUCACACUGCCAGGUGGCGAGACACCUCCCAUACCCACAGGUGGACCAGUGCCUGUGAUAUCUUCAGUGACUUCACUUGCAAAUGGCCAGCCAAUCAACACAGCCACUGCCACUACAUUAACAUCUAAGGGAACUGGUGGGAAGCUGAGCCUUAUGAUGAAAUUGUCAGAACCUCCAGUCUGCCACAACAAGAUGACACAGACUCGGCCCAUCAUGAACACCAAAAGUGUCUCAUGUCGACCUCAUUCUGCAUCUGUCGAAGUCCAGACUGAUGAUGAUCUUCAAAAACAAGUUCUGAUACCUAUUCCUGUGCCAAUCUAUGUACCUUGUCCUAUGGCAAUGUACAGCCUUCCAUUCCCUGUGCCAGUACCAUUUCCAGUUCCUGUACCUAUACCUAUGUUCCUCCCUACUACUAGAAAUUCCAUCAAAGGAAUAAUGAAGGAGAUAAAGCGCAUCCAGGAAAAAGUACCAGCAGAUCCAUUUGAAGCAGAGUUGCUGAUGAUGGCAGAAAUGGUGGCAGACGACAAGAAGGAUGUUGCAACCAGUUCUGACAGUGAGCCAGACAACAAUGAACCCACCGCAUCUGACACCAGGCCUAAUAGUGAUGGGGAAAGUGAGUUUAGUCCAGAAGCAAUGGAGUCCAGCAAUACCUUUGGUGAUGACAUAAUGCAGAUGGCACUGAAAAUGGCUACAGAGCUUGACGAACCACCAGCUGUAGAUUUGGAGUCACAAUUAGCACCAGCUACUAUUUUAAUACAUUUGUGUUAAGGUGAUGGGGAAGGUGAGUUUAGUCCAGAACCAAUGGAGUCCAGCAAUACCUUUGGCGAUGACAUAAUGCAGAUGGCACUGAAAAUGGCUACAGAGCUUGACGAACCACCAGCUGUAGAUUUGGAGACACAAUUAACACCAGCUACUAUUUUAAAUCAGCCUCCGACAGAUAAUAGUGAAGGUAAUACUGAGACUGCAAGAAGAAAUGGUACUACUGAAAAUAGAGGCAUCAAGAGACCAACAAGAUCGCCUCAAAAGAAAUCUGGGACACUAGAAACCAAGAAAAGAAAAGCAAAUCAUAAUUCUGAGGUACCAGUUCCACAACAGCCUCCUGUCAUUGACGAACCUAAGCCUGAUGCUAAUAUGAAACUAAAAUACACAUUUGGAAUAAAUGCAUGGAAAAGUUGGGUGUCACAGAAAAAUGCAGAAAUUGAAAAGCUGAGUAGCACAAACAAAAAAAUUAAACCUUUUAAAAGUGAUAUAUUACAGUUAACCGCUGAUGAAUUAAAUUAUUCUCUUUGUCUUUUCGUGAUGAAAGAGGUAAAGAAGCCAAAUGGAUCAGAGUAUGCACCAGAUACAAUAUACUACCUAUGCCUGGGAAUCCAGCAAUACCUCUUUGAGAAUGGCAGAAUAGACAACAUUUUUACUGACUCCUAUUAUGAACCAUUUACGGACUCGUUAGAUGAAGUAGCAAAGAAAUUUGCUGACAUUUUUAAUGACCAUCACUACAUAGUAACCAGAGUGGAAGAGGAGCAUUUAUGGGAAAGCAAACAACUGGGGGCUUACUCUCCACACACUCUACUGAGCACUCUCAUCUUCUUUAACACCAAACACUUCAAUUUAACGAAUGUAGAAGAACACCUGAUGCUGUCAUUUUCUCACAUCAUGAAGCAUUGGAAGAGGAACCCGAAUCAACAAGCCUCUGGUGGAGGGGGCAAGGCACCUGGCUCAAGAAAUGUUCUAUUACGCUUUUAUCCUCCCCAAGCUCUGUUAGAUGAUCCAAACUCAAAGAAGAAGAAAGUUUAUGAACAACAAGAGAAUGAGGAGAAUCCACUCAGGUGUCCAGUGAAAUUAUAUGAAUUUUAUCUGACAAAAUGCCCAGAAAGUGUCAGGACUCGAAGUGAUGUGUUCUACCUACAACCUGAACGGUCGUGUGUACCAGACAGUCCAGUUUGGUACUCUACCAUGGCUCUCAGCAAAGAACUGCUAGAGAAGAUGUUAAAUAGAGUAAAAAUGGUCAAAGAAAUCAACAUAGCUAUGCUUACUCCGUAAAUUCUCCACCAGAAAAUACCUUUGUCAAGAAAUAAGAAUAUGUUUGAUUCUAAAUCAAUCACAUGAACAUCCCAAUCAACCAGUUAAAGACAUUUUAUGCUUAAAAGGUUGAUUUUGGAAUAAAAGUGACGAGGUAUAAAUUAGUUGAUACCACCAAUGUAUAAUUUUUGUAUAUUUCAUGUGUAUUUAAAAUACCUGUAAGCAUAAAAAAUAUAUUAAUAUUACUUGGGACUUUGUAUUAUGUUUUACUAAUGUAUAAAUAUACAUGUAUUUAAGUAGUAAUUAUAGCACAUAAAUUCUUGUCCCUGUUAUAAAACUCCACCUAUGAAAUGAAUCCUCAGUUUUGUAUUUUUAUUCUUUUUUACUUGUAAGAAAAUGCUUUUACCAUUAUAAAUAAGUUUUAUAACAAAAUAAUUUUGAAUUUCUA